AAUUAUAAAGGCGCGCCAUGCCAGCGCACUAUCAUCUCCAGAGUUCUGUCCGAACCCGCAAGACGCAACCGAGACUACACUGAUAAUUAUUAACACCAAACUGGACUGCAACAGGUGCGCUGACUAAACCAUUCCUCAGUGAGGGGAGAUUCUGCCUUUGCCUGAGAACAGUGGAGUUUUUCUUCAGUUGAGCUUUUCUGGCCUGUUCUAACCUGUACCCGAGGGUUGUGACUCCCGCUUGCCGCCAUGCCCUCACUGUUCCCGGCAUGGCUCUGCUGCCUUAGCCUGCUAACCGUGGAGACACACACCCUGGCCCUGCCGCGGCCAGUCCGGACACAGCCUCACAGGUUUAUAUUAUCCAGAACCUCCUGGACACCUAGGUCGUCUUCGUCUCUCACUAUGGCGACGGUUGUCACCCCGACUGUUGCCCUGGACGACAGCAUUGCCCUUAGAAACAGAUGGGCCGUCUGGAGGGGCCUGCUCCCUAAAGGACCCCUGAGGCAGUCUAACCUAAUGCCUGACCAUGAAGGCCCACUGGCCAAGCCAUCCAGUCCAUUGCCUGACCAAAACUACCACCUCUCUAGAGUGGGGACGUCACGGGGUCGCCGUCAUGCCAACGGUAGCGGUGGGCGUGGCCAGGGUCAGCUGAUGAGGGUGGGGUGUGUCCUGGGAACCUGUCAAGUUCAGAACCUCAGUCACCGACUCUACCAGCUGAUUGGACAGAGUGGGAGACAAGACUCCUCCCCCAUCAAUCCCCGUAGCCCGCACAGCUACGGCUGAAUAACUUUAUCAGCAACCAACAAACAGGCACAGUCACUGUUGAAUAACAUUAUCGUCAACCAAUAUACAGACACAGCUACAGCUGAAUAACGUAAUCAACAAGCAACACACAGGCAGGGCCACAUCUGAAUACAUUCAUGAACAAGACAACAACCUAUACACAGACACGGCUAACGGCAGAAUGUGGGUCAGAUGCAAAGUGGUGGAAGGAACUUAGAGUUUUAAGUGCUGACUGUGGGUAGGGUGGAAGGAACUUAGAGUUUUAAGUGCUGACUGUGGGUAGGGUGGAAGGAGGUCUGUAAUACCUUGUUGUUCAAGUCAUUAUUCCUGUCCCCAAUGAGCUGAGCUGAUCUACAAUCCCCCAUGAUCAUCCCUAUAUUCUUGUGUCUCUAAACUCUCAAUUUCAAUUAUCUCUCUCUCUCUCGUGUCUAGUGAGCUACUUGGUCAAGUGUAUUAGAAACCCGUGAAGCACUUUAAAGUAAAUACUGUUUUAUGUUUGCUAUGACUUGAACGUUUAAAGAUAUGUUGUUUAAUUUAAAAUUUAUUCAAGCUUAUUUGUUGUAAAUAUUUCACUGACUAAACCAGUGAAACGAAUGUGGCCGAAAUGUUUCCCCAAAUGUACAUUGUCUGUUUUAUUCAUCUUAGUCUAUAUCUUUGUAUAAGCUGUCAUAUUUAAUAAAGAGUAUGUGUUUAAAUGUG